AUGGCAUCCUUCAUCCGGUCGUGGAUCGUAUCCUCCAUCAUCUCCCAUGACGAACAACACGGCGCCGACCUCUCGCCUCAGCUAAGCAACCCCGUCUUCUGCCAGCUCGUCAAAUAUCCAGUCACGGCACAACUAGAUAACGUCCGCGUCCAGCUCGUCGUUCAUCGUUGGGCUGUGGUUACGGGUGACGGGAACGAACCAGUGUAUUUUCCGCAUACGGUGCAAGUUGGGCGCGGCGGCACAAGAGCCGACGCCGAGGUUAACCGCAUUCUCCGCAAGUGGUGGCUUGGAGAUUCGCAGAAAUCGCAGCCGUCACUUGUUGUACCUGCAGAGCCUGUCGGAGAGCCCAGCGCAAUGGCCUCCAACGCGUUACCGGGUCCUUCACGAGAGGCAAAGGUCCACCCAGGCACAUUCAAACGCCUCAAACGCGUCAAUCAGCUCGUGGCAGACUUGAGCGCGGCGGGGAAAGCUCUUCCCGCAUGGCUGUUCACUCCGGCCUCGGAAGCGCAACGGGCAGAGUUGGACGCGAUCGACGUCUUUGGCACUGACCCGUUCAAGCCCGAGCCCGAGUCGCUCGAGUCCAACGGACACUCGGGGUCAUUGACAAACGCGACGCAGUAUCUCCCGACAGAGUCGACAAACGGGACGCAGUAUCUGUCGACAGAGUCUCCGCGCGCUCAGCCACCAGACAGCCAAACCCAAUAUCUACCAUCAGCGUCACCGCGGACUCACGAAAGCUUGCACGAGUCGGCCCAGGUCCCACAGACCUCACGAUCUCCAACUAAGAUUGUCCCACCGACCUCACGAUCUCCAACUAAGAUUGUCCCACCGACCUCACGAUCUCCAACCAAGAUUGUCCCACCGACCUCACAAUCUCCAAUUAAGAUUGAACUGGCGGCCGCGCAACAUACACAGCCUGUCAUCGACAUGGCCAUCGACAUCAGCCCACCUUUGCGGACUGGACGCUUCGAAACUCCCUCGGACAGCGAUGACGAGGACUCGGACUCGAUUUCGAUUCCGAUUCGAUUCACCUCGCGCCGGACUAAGCCCCCCCGUCGACAGGUGUUCAAGUCGUCCCCCCAAGUUCCAAGAGCAUCGUCGCAACCCACAGGCGAGACGGACGAAGACGAUCUCUCAGACUACGAGAAGGAGCAGCGAAGGGCACAGAAGCGACCAGUGCCGUCACCCCAGUUGUCAUCACCCAGCAUGCCCCGUAAACGGCCACGUCACUCGGGCGCGUCAAACGUAGAUGCCGACGAUGAGGCUAGCCAAGAACGGCCCAGAAAGCUGGCCAAGGCCGAAAUCGUCUCCCCCAUCAAGAGCUCUUGGGAACCGACGCCCGGCCAACGAGUCCUGUCCAGACUUGUCUCUGUUUCCGUCUCCGAGGCUGUGCGGCAGGUCCUCCCGAAAUAUCGACCGGAUUUAACGACGUUCACCGUGCCGGGCAUGUCCAAGGAGAUGGUCGAGUAUGUGAGGGCCAGGGCGGUCGAGGAGAAGGCGGCGCGUGAGCGAGGACAAAGGAAAAGUGGGCGAUAG